AUGUCCUACCGAGAGCUUGCUGACUUCAAGACGCUACUGGAGCGCUACAAGUUACACUCAGUGGGUUUCCGGUCCGAGUUCGACGAAAGGAUCCGGAAAUGGGCAGAGAAUGGAAGUGAGGACAUAGCCACCCUGAUAAACUUCGAUGAUGUCACUCGUAGCUACCUUCACACGCAGUGCCUUUUGAUUCCUGAAGAACUCAGGCUCCACCAGAUCUGGUAUGAAGUGAUUCAAGUCUUCAAGCAUAGAGAGCAAGAUCAAGAGAGGCUGGUGAUAAAGCUCGUGGCCAUGAGAGAGAGACAUCCGGACCUGAUUGAGGAAUACACCACGCACUACUGGGACAAAGCCAGUUACAACGACCCCCAGCGUGGUAAUCUGACUGCAGCUAUUGGCCUCCUCUUAUCCGUUGGCAUCUACGACGGCCCGGCUCUUGUUGCCCUCUCGCUGCUCCGUGAAGUUCUUGAGACCGAUCGACCGCUGCUUCCAACGAGUGCGGAUGCGCAUGGCCAGCAAGAGGUCCCCAUAUCCGUCGAACAGGGGAUUAUAUAUAUAGAAAAUCUUGCAUUGUGUGCGCAGAACGCUUUGAUUCUCCUAGCCAGCAACAGGUGCGGCGCUGCUACCUCGGUGUCGCACCUGAACUAUGCUCAUUUCCCGGACCUGUCGGCUCCUGGUGAGCUCGCGAUCAGGUCUGGCCUUGUCCCAUCUGACUUGCGCGGGUACAGCCCCGGGCGUUGGGCGUUUUGGAGAAAACGUCUCGAGGAGCUGGAGGACUUUGAGGGGUCGACUCUUGCAGAAAGCGACAGGGCCGAUAAUGGGGGAUCGUGGGCAACACUCUCUGACCAUGCAGGAUUUAUUCUCACUGCCAUGAGUGCCGCGGAGAAGAGCACCCGGAUGCUAGAGGGGUGA